AUGUUCUCUAAGGAUAAAAAAAAAGACGAUCAUAGUCAUCACAAAUCGGGUUCAAAACAUCGUUCUGGGUCAUCGUCUUCUUCAUCAUCGGAUUCUGACCAUAAAAAAAAUCCAUUCAAUAUGUUAAAUGUUAAUGUAGUUAAAAAUGCAAAAAAGAUAAACCCCACUCUAAGGAUAAAAAAAAAGACGAUCAUAGUCAUCACAAAUCGGGUUCAAAACAUCGUUCUGGGUCAUCGUCUUCUUCAUCAUCGGAUUCUGACCAUAAAAAGAAGUAAAAGUCAUGGAAUUAAUGAAAAUGAAACGUUUUUCCAAUUUAUUUCAUUAGUUAUUUUCUCAUUAAAGUUAAUUAUUAUUAAAAUACAUUCGUUUAAGUUAAUGUAAAACGAAGUCUGUUUUCUUUACAAGCUCUAGUUUAUCAAAACUUUGUAUAUUAGAAGUGGUCCAAUGAUUAAGCGCUCGCGCGCGAGACUGAUAGGUACUGGGUUCGAAUCUCGCGGGGGCGGGAUCGUGGAUGCGCACUGCUGAGGAGCACCAUACUGGGACGAAAGGGCCGGCUGUCUAGUGCUUCCAAG